CUUUGAUCCUCUCCAGUGAUUUUUAAAGAUUGCUUUAAGAAAUGACGUAGUUUCUUGUCAUUUUGAAAUACCACAUUUGAUUUUCAAUUCAGUUUUAGUUUUGAGAUGGAAUAUUAUUCAAAGAUUUUGUGCUUUCUCUUGGGAAUUUUGAAUGAAAAUGUGGUACCUACCUUCGCCGGAUACUGUUACAGUUAUUACUACAACUAUUAUUACUACUGCGACACCUACUGGGCAAUCGGAAGUAUUGUGGGAGCAGUUAUUGGGGGAAUUAUUGGAUUUGUCAUUGUCAUAGUUAUUAUUGCUGCAUUAUGUGGAGCAUGCAAAACACGUGGUAAUCGUGGAACAGUAGUCCAACCAGCACACACCACAACAGUCCAAACAUUAUAUCAGGGUAUGUAUAUAGAGUAG